AUGGCCACGUUCCAAAAAUGGACGGUUUCUGAGCCGUAUACUGAUGUGGCGGGAACUUUACUGGAAGGCCCAUUCUAUGACGAUGUCAAAAACGAGUUCCGCUUUGUCGAUAUUUGGGAACAGAAACUAUACAUUAUGGACCUGGCCAAGGGCCCAGACUCUCUGAAGACAUUGGAUACGUCUGCGUCGAUCGGAGUGACAGCCAACAUUGAGCAUCCUGGUGAUACCCACCGGGAUCAAAUAGUCGUAGCAGCAAAGUACGGAUUCGCACUUGCCAACCGCAACACAGGGGAGCUAUCGUACCUCUGCAAAGCAUGGGAGGGUCAGAAUGAGCCGGAGAAAGCCCAUAGAAUGCGUUUCAACGACGGAGCGGUGGACAGCCGAGGACGGUUUUGGGCUGGCUCCAUGAACGACCCCAAGGUGCAGACCCCGGUCAACGAGGGGGUGUUGUUCCGGUUGGACCCCGAUAUGAAACUGCACUGCAUGCUCGAGCAGGUCACGAUUCCCAAUGGGAUUGGGUGGAAUCACGCCGACGAUACAAUGUACCUAACCGAUUCCCCCACCGGGAAAAUUUAUGCCUUUGAUUUCAACGCCGACACCGGCGAAAUCAGCAACCGCAGAGUCCAUUUUGACUUGGGCGAGCCUAAGGAGCCAGACGGUUUUGCCAUCGACUUAGAAGGCUGUAUCUGGAGCGCGAUUUACGGAGGCGGUAAGGUAAUCCGAAUCUCGCCCGAAGGGAAGAUCAUUGGUGAAGUGUCGCUUCCCACUAGAAAUGUCACUUGUCCGGCCUUUGUGGGGACGGAGCUGUUCAUCACUACGGCUAAGGAUGAAGUGAACGAUAACCAAUUCCCAGAGUCUGUGCGGUAUGGUGGCCGAUUGUUUAAGAUUGAUGUGGGCGUCCAUGGCAAGCCCAAGAAUAAGUUCCAUUUUCAGAGCUGA